AAUGAUAAGUGAACGCUUUUAUUCAAUACAUUCUUUGGAAUCUGCAAAACUCCCAGCAAAGCGAAAACUCUAAAGCAUGACAAAAGACCUGCCAGGUGUGUUCAAUGAUGCACCUGUGCUUUUACCUCAAGAGCCCAUAAAUCAUUAUCACUGGUGAUUGACGAAUAAUAAUACUUCAACUAUCGAGGUGAUAAUAAUGUAAUCCAACCAUGUUGUUCAAUGCGGUUCUCAAAUGCCGGACAUGGAAACGGAUAAUAAUUGUUGGUGCACUACUCAAGCGGCAAUCGGAUUCCGAUUAGCAACUGGCAGCCGGAUUACCGGAGGCGUCUGGUUUUGGGCAUCCCAUGAAUCAUACGCCCCAGGGGCAAUCAAUCAUUGGCACGAAUCUGAAGCUAUCAAUUCAAUUUUUCACCCUCCAGUGUCCGCUAUCGUGUGCUCUUAUCACGUCUGUUUUCUCCCUGUUACAAUACGUGUCCGACUUAUAAACUUUUAUUUGUGCGUCUCUGUGGACAUUCACAUUGGCGUUAUACGCGAACAGUACUGGACGUGGUCGUGUCGAUGCCGGCGGGAGCUCACCCCACGCGAGAAAGCUCUGCUCAUUGUGAUCUUUAUUCUGGUGCUGGUCAUUGGAGGGCUCGCAACGUACCUGGGCAUUGUGGUGGAUAGUGAUGAUGGGAUUACUGGAGGCAUCCUUACGAGAAGUAUGCUUGAACCAGCGACAACCCAUCAGUAGGGCCGAUCAGUGAUAAUCAUCAGCCGAUCAUACCACGCAUCACAGAAACACGUCCCAUCGAGAAAGUGCUCUAGCUUAAAACGGAACUCUAUACCGAUAAGACUGCAGAAUCACACAGGUUUUCCAUCCCAUGAUGUUUGCGGCGGAAGUUAUACGUACGCAUGGCAUACAAAAGUACAUACACCGACACACUUAGCUACUAGUAUUCGUACGUCUCUCGAUAGAUAUAUUUUUUAGCCAGUUUACAGAGUACACUUCGAUAAACCGGAACGGGCCGGUUCCUUCAAGUAAGCAUCUCUUCUAAUAAUUGAAAGUAGAAAAGAAAAACAUCCCUAAUUCAAGCGACACAGUAUAAAAUGGUCAGUUUUUAAUUUGUAAAUCUAUUUUCUAAGAGAUGGUGUAACCUAAUCCCAAAUACACACUUAAUCACAAAAUGAAGAA